UUUUGGCUGCUGGAGUGAUAUAGCCUAGACCUCCUCGUGGCUAUCUUUCCACUACAUGGAGGAAGUUAUAUGAAGUAGGACAGAAUGAAUGAGGCUGGCAUGCAGUGAGAAGUAGCACUGAGUGGUGGUGAGAGCACAGACAGCAUCAUUUGAACCCCAGGAUUCAGAUGUUUCUGAAGCUUCCGGGACUUCUUGGUUAUAACCCUGGGAUCUUCAAUGGCAGGAGAAACAGUGAUCAGAAGACCGAGAUGAAUUUUAACACUCUUCUGGAAGAGAUUCUUAUUAAAAGGUCACAGCAGAAAAAGAAGACAUCACCCUUAAACUACAAAGAGAGACUUUUUGUGCUAACAGAGUCCAUGUUAACCUACUAUGAGGGUCGGGCAGAGAAAAAGUACAGAAAGGGAUUUAUUGAUGUGUCAAAAAUCAGAUGUGUGGAAAUAGUGAAGAAUGAUGAUGGUGUCAUUCCCUGUCAAAAUAAAUAUCCAUUUCAGGUUGUGCAUGAUGCCAACACACUUUACAUUUUUGCACCCAGUGCACAAAGCAGGGACCGGUGGGUGAAGAAGUUAAAAGAAGAAAUACAGAACAACAAUAAUAUUAUGAUUAAAUAUCAUCCUAAAUUUUGGGCAGACGGAAGUUAUCAGUGUUGCAGACAAACUGAAAAACUAGCGCCUGGAUGUGAAAGAUAUAAUCUGUUUGAAAGUAGUAUAAGAAAAGCACUACCUCGAGCACCAGCACCAGAAAUAAAGAAGCGAAGGCCUCCCCCACCAAUUCCACCUGAAGAAGAAGGUAAUAGUGAAGAAAUAGUUGUAGCCAUGUAUGAUUUCCAAGCGACAGAAGCACAUGAUCUCAGAUUAGAGAGAGGCCAGGAGUAUAUCAUAUUGGAAAAGAAUGAUGUUCAUUGGUGGAAAGCAAGAGAUAAAUAUGGGAGCGAAGGAUAUAUCCCAAGUAAUUACGUGACAGGAAAGAAAUCAAACAACUUAGAUCAGUAUGAAUGGUAUUGCAGAAAUAUGAAUAGAAGCAAAGCAGAGCAACUCCUUAGAAGUGAAGAUAAAGAAGGUGGUUUUAUGGUAAGAGAUUCCAGUCAACCAGGCAUGUACACAGUCUCCCUUUAUACAAAGUUUGGAGGAGAAGGUUCAUCAGGUUUCAGGCAUUAUCAUAUAAAGGAGACAAUGACAUCUCCAAAGAAGUAUUAUCUGGCAGAAAAACAUGCUUUUGGUUCAAUUCCUGAGAUUAUUGAAUAUCAUAAGCACAAUGCAGCAGGACUUGUCACAAGGCUGCGGUACCCAGUUAGCACAAAGAAUGCACCAACCACUGCAGGAUUCAGCUACGAAAAAUGGGAGAUUAACCCUUCAGAGCUGACCUUUAUGAGGGAGUUGGGGAGUGGACUCUUUGGAGUAGUAAGGCUUGGCAAGUGGCGAGCUCAGUACAAAGUAGCCAUCAAAGCUAUUAGGGAAGGUGCCAUGUGUGAGGAAGAUUUCAUAGAAGAAGCUAAAGUAAUGAUGAAACUGACACACCCGAAGUUAGUACAGCUUUAUGGUGUAUGCACCCAGCAGAAACCCAUUUACAUCGUUACCGAGUUCAUGGAAAGGGGAUGCCUUCUGAAUUUCCUCCGACAGAGACAAGGCCAUUUUAGUAGAGAUGUGCUGCUGAGCAUGUGUCAAGAUGUGUGUGAAGCGAUGGAGUACCUGGAGAGAAACAGCUUCAUCCACAGAGACCUGGCUGCCAGAAAUUGUCUAGUAAAUGAGGCAGGAAUUGUGAAAGUUUCUGAUUUUGGAAUGGCUAGGUAUGUUCUGGACGAUCAGUACACGAGUUCUUCCGGUGCUAAAUUUCCCGUGAAGUGGUGUCCACCUGAGGUGUUUAAUUACAGCCGCUUUAGCAGCAAAUCAGAUGUCUGGUCAUUUGGUGUCUUAAUGUGGGAAAUAUUCACUGAAGGCAGAAUGCCCUUUGAGAAAAACACCAACUAUGAAGUGGUAACCAUGGUUACUCACGGCCACCGACUCCAUCAGCCGAAGUUGGCGUCCAGAUAUGUAUACGAGGUGAUGCUGAGAUGCUGGCAGGAGAAACCAGAGGGAAGGCCUUCCUUUGAAGAUUUGCUGCGCACGAUAGAUGAACUAGUCGAAUGUACAGAAACUUUUGGAAGAUGAGUGCUGUGACCGGAUGAUGCGAUGGCUUCCAGAUUCCAAAGCACGAGGAAGAAAUGGCACUUUGUGGCAAACUUUUAAUUUAUUUAGCACUUGGACGUGUAGAUUGUUUUACUUAUAAAGGGGAAACACCUAAAACAUUUGCUUCUCCACCAGCUGUAGCUCUGUGACCGAACCUUCUGGAUUAUGGAAAUGCUGCCUUAGACACGAUGGUUAAAAGCACCCCCUUUUAUUCAUUCCACAAGUACUGGAGUGCCCACUAUGUGCCAGGCACUGUGCCCAGGCCCCAGGGUCUGCCCAUUUUAGGGGUGCAUGUGGGGUCGCGUUAGCCGGUGCCGGUGGAAGGCCAGGGUAAUUGGGAGGGGGAAGGGUAUCCGAGCCACAUUCCAGCCACCCCUCUCUUCCCUGUGACUUCUGCAGAAAUCUGGGCUGGGGCAUUGUCUAGAAUAUGGGUUCCGGAUGGAUCAGGAACCCACCUUGGCUAAGUACCCAUCGUUUGUUUUGAAACAUCUGUUUUCAAGACUGCCAUUAGUAUUACAUUAAAACAUAUUUGUAUGCUGUACAUAUUGUAAAUAUAUACAAUAUAUAAAGUUAUAUAUUUAUAAGAAA